AGACUAGUGAGAGGAAUGGAGUGUGUAUAUCUAGCAGUUGCUGUAGGUCAUGUGACAGGAUGUUGUGAGGAGUGGACCCUCCUCUCAGGAGCUGGAGCUGAAGUUGGUCUCAGGCUGCUGAGCUGUAGUUCUCUGGAAGCUCUGCAGCUGCUCUGGAAGAUGAUGAUGAUGAUGAUGAAGAACAUGAUUGCUGCAGUUUUUCUGCUGUUAUUUCAGACGCUCCACUGUUCCGCUCAGCCGGUGCUCUUAAUCUAUAAUGCUCAUGAGAACAGAUGCCUGGGGAACAAUCUGCAAGUACUAGAGGUGUGUGACCCUCAGAACCCAGGACAACAGUUCAGAUGGACUUCAGAGAACCGCAUCUUCAAUGUUGCUGAGAAGAAAUGCCUCGGCACAGAGAACAAGACUGAGGGUAGUAAACUGCAGUGGUACCAAUGUGAUGCCGACAGUGACCUUCAGAAGUGGGAGUGUGAGAACAACUCACUGUUUGGAUUGAAGAACGAGUCUCUGUACUUAUCUAUUCAGGACUAUUCUAAUUCACCAAUAGUGUCCAGUGUACCCGGAGAGAAGGGCAAGUGGACACUUCAUGGGAUGACGGACAGCAUCUGUUCACAUCUGUAUGAAGAACUGUACACACUUAAAGGAAAUGCUCUUGGGCGCCCCUGCCAUUUCCCUUUCCUUUACAAUGAUAAAUGGUACACAAACUGCACAACUGAAGGCCGUUCACCCAACCUUCCAUGGUGUGCAGUUGAAAGUGAAUAUGAACCGAAUCAGCUCUGGGGUUACUGCCCAACUCAGCUAAUAGUGAAUGAGCUCUGGAGGAAGAGCCCUCUGACAGACGUCUAUUAUCAGGUAAACGAAGGUACUGCGCUGACCUGGUAUCAGGCCAGGAAGAGCUGUCAGCAGCAGGGGGGAGAUCUGCUGAGCAUCACUGAACCCCACGAGCAGACCUUCAUAUCAGGGCUGACUGACAGCACAGGUCCAGUCUUGUGGACAGGGCUGAACAGUUUAGAUGCUUUAAGUGGAUGGCGCUGGGUCAAUGGCCAGCCGUUACACUAUCUGAAAUGGCUCAGUGGACAACCAUCUUCUCUACCAGGCUACAGCUGUGGAGUGCUAGAUCAGUCUCAUGACUCUGGAUGGUCCACUGCUGUUUGCUCUGAGAGGCAUGGAUAUAUCUGCCAAAGAGGCCUCAUUACCCCCACUGUUCCACCAGUUGUUCACACAGGUUCUUGCCACAGUCCGUGGAUCUCCUACUCAGGACACUGCUACUUACUCAGUCGCACAAAAAGAACAUGGCUAGAGGCGAGAGAUUCCUGUCGGCGUGAAGGUGGAGAUCUGCUGAGCAUUCUCAAUAUAGAAGAACAAAGCUUCACCAUCACACAACUGGGAUACGCGAAGACAGAUGAGCUGUGGAUUGGUUUUAAUGACCUGAAGACGAAUAUGCUGUUUGAGUGGAGUGAUCACUCUAGGGUGCCGUAUGUCUUAUGGGACGUGAAUGAGCCGAGCAACAAUGUGGCCAUUAAAGAAGACUGUGUGAUGAUGAGAGGAGAGGAGGGAAAGUGGGCCGACCAAAUCUGUCAGAACAAGUAUGGAUACAUCUGUAAGAAAAAGGCCCAGUCAGAAUCAGACACUUACAUCACAAACCCUGUCUGCAAGCCUGGUUGGGUCAGGUACGGCAACUACUGCUAUCUAACUGGAUCAGGGAGGCAAACCUUUGAAGAAGCCAAACAGAUGUGUGAAAAUGCUGGAUCUUAUUUGGCAGAUGUUACAAACAGCGUUGAAAAUGCAUUUCUAGUCAGUUUAAUUGGGGCACAGCCAGAGAAGCACUUCUGGAUUGGACUGUCCAACCAAGAGGAUCAAAGCACAUUUGAGUGGACUAACAACAUGAAAGUUCCAUUCACUCACUUCAAUCAUGGGAUGCCAGGAGGGAAACAAGGCUGUGUUGGCAUGACCACUGGAGUACUUGCUGGAUUAUGGGAUGUGUUGAGCUGCACCAAUGCAGAGAAAUACAUCUGUAAACAGAAAGCUGAGCGAGUGAUCACAACCCUUCCCCCCGCAACCACUCCUGCUGUCAGCUGCAGUCCGGGCUGGAAUCCUCUCACAAACAGAGACUUCUGCUUCAAGGUGUAUGAGGUGGAACACUCCCAGCAAAAGACGUGGUCUGAGGCACUAGACUUCUGUCGGGAACUUGGGGGUGACCUUCUCAGUCUUCACAGUGCUAACGACAUUAAAACAGAACAUCGAACAUAUUAUCCAUUGGAUGCAUGGAUUGGCUACAGUAUCCAGGACCCCUCUGUUGGUUUUACAUGGAGUGAUGGUUCCUCUUCAUCCUACGAAAGCUGGGAUAAAGGGGAACCAAACAAUGAAUACUCAAUGGAAAAAUGUGUUAUACUCACUUUUUAUACCUGGCUGAAAAAAGAACGAUGGAAUGAUGUGCACUGUGAGGACCGAAAACACUGGUAUUGUGAGAUACGAAAAGGUGUGACACCAAAGGAAGUGACCCAUACAAGUAAAACUUAUAAUAAAACAGAUGACGGCUGGAUCAUAUUCAAGGACAAUCAGUAUUACAUUGAUGAAGGUUUUGAUGUCCCCAUGGCGAAAGCACGGAGCUUCUGUAAGCACAGACAUGGUGAUCUUGUAGCCAUCAACGAUGAAGAGGAGAGAGUAUUUUUAUGGCAACUGAUUAAACAAAAGUUUGUUGAUUUUUUCAUCGGACUGAGAAUUGAUCUGGACAAGUCGCUUUCAUGGAUGGAUGGAUCACCAGUGGUUUUCCAGGCUUGGCAACAAAACCAACCAGCUUUUGUGAGCGAUGACGAACACUGUGUAAAAAUGAAUUUCAGGCAAGGGCGUUGGGCAAAUGUGAACUGUGGUGACAAUGAGAACUUUAUCUGUAAACGAAGGGGAUCUGUAUCAGCCAGUGCCACUGCUGCCCCUACUGAGCCCCCCACUGGUGGGUGUCCUUCAGGAUGGGUGAAAUUUCAAAAAAAGUGUUACAAGAUAGGACUGGACCUGAAAACCUGGACGGAAGCCAGAUCAUACUGCAAAAGUCUUGGAGGAAAUCUAGCAUCCAUUACCGACAGACUUCAGCAAGUGUUCUUAACCUCAAAGAUGGAUAAUGCAAACAUCCCAGAUUUAUGGCAUGGCUUAAAUAAUUUGGGAAACCUACGACUUAGAUGGACAGACGGAAGUGACUUUCUUUACACAGACUGGGCCAAGGGAGCGGACAACGAUGUUCAGUGGGAUCACAUUUGGGGCAGAUCAUAUAUAGUACAUUCUAAGCCUCAUACCUGUGGAGCAAUGGGAGGAGGACAAAGAGAGGAGCUGGGAAAGUGGGUGACAAAAGACUGCAAUUAUACCAGUGGUUAUAUUUGCAGUCGUAAUAUUGACCAGUCUCUUCAAGCUGAAAGUCCAACAGAAGUGUCGAACACUUACAUCAAGCUUGGGAAUUCUUUUUAUAAGAUAGUCCAAACAAAUAUGACCUGGGCAGAAGCGCAGAGUUACUGUGAGGCUGAGGGAGCAAAGCUUGCCAGCAUUCGGGACGCCUUCACCCAGUCCUACAUUGAACUGCAGACUUAUAAAGUUGGACAACCACUGUGGAUCGGUCUUAACAGUAUGGAGACACAUGGAUCUUUCCAGUGGAUUGAUAAGUGGCAUUUGAAUAUGGAGAGGUGGGAUUCUAAUGAACCAACGCUGGACUAUCCCUGUGUUUAUGUGAAUGUAGGUGGAAUGUGGAAAACUGCCCAGUGCAACCAAACCUUAUACAGCCUGUGUAAGAAGUCAACAGAAAUUCCUCCAGCUCCACCAGCUCAGUACCUAGGUUUGUGUCCUGAGCCAGCUGAAGAUGAACCGAAGAUGACAUGGUUGCCUUAUAAAGGACACUGCUAUGCAUUUGUAAAGAGGUCAGUGCAGUGGACCAAAGCCUCACGAAUGUGUAUGGCAAGAGGAGCUAAUCUUGUUAGCAUCUUGGAUCCAAUGGAGGCCAAGUUUCUACAAAACUACCUUAGGUUGUUUGCUAAUGAUUACAGCGAUUACUGGAUAGGCAUUUUCAAGAACCAUGCAGGUCACUGGCUGUGGGUGGACCAGAGUGUGGUGGAAUACUAUAAUAUUCGUCAAUACACUGCAUCUUAUGAGUUUCGUGAUGUGCAAGAAAUGGAGGCAAGUCUUGACUGUGCAGUGGUGUCAGCAAGGUCUCUAGAGUGGGGUAAACGUCACUGUGAAGAUCAUUCACCAUUCAUCUGCAAAAUACCAAAAGUUGUUGUGCCGCCAACAAAAAUGGCAAGCACAGGUGAAGAUAAACUCCAUGGGCCAUUCACUGGUGUAUCGGUCGUCCUGGUGAUCGUAGUGCUGUUUGUGCUGGCUGGAAUGUCUUAUAUCUACCACAAAUGGUCCAAACGUUAGACACCAUUGUUGUUAGAGAAAACACCAAAAACCAUGGAUGGUCAUGGAUGAUCACAAGGCAUCAAACCAAGCUAAUAAAAGCUGCUUGAAUUUUUGCACCAGGAGUGGCGUAAAGUUAUCCAAAAGCAGUGUGUAAGACUGGUGGAGGAGAAUAUGGCAAGAAGCAUUAAAACUGUGAUGAAAAACCAGUGUUAUUUCACCAAAUAUUGAUUUCUGAACUCUUAAAACUUUAUGAAUUUAAACUUGUUUUCUUUGCAUUUUCUUUGAGGUCUGAAAGCUCUGCAUCUUUUUUAUUAUUUUAGUAAUUUCUAAUUUUCUGCGAAUAAAUGCUCUAAAUGACAAUUUUUUUUUUUUUUUGGAAUUUGGGAGAAAUGUUGUUCGUAGUUUAUAGUAGUUUAUAAAAAAAAACAAUGUUCAUUUUACUCAAACAUCUACCUAUAAAUAGCAAAAUCAGAGAAACUGAUUCAGAAACUGAAGUGGUCUCUUAAUUAUUUUUUCCAGCACUGUAUUAUGUAUAUCUGAUAAAGCCUAAUUCAGUUUCCCAUUCAGUUUGAAUGUUAGUAGUAUUACAGUGUAAUAGUAUUUCUGUUUGUGUUGAUGUUCUUCAAUGAUGAAUAAAAUGAGGGUACUUUUCUUAA